CUGACGGAGCUGCUGCAGUGGUACGCAACCACCUUCAGGGACCCCCUGAUACUCCAGCCCCCAGAGUGGUUCAAGGCCUUUAUAUAUUGUGAAGCUUUCCUGCAGCUGCCCUUCUUCCCCAUCGCAGCCUACGCCUUCCUAAAAGGGAGCUGCAGGUGGAUAAGGACUCCGGCCAUUAUCUACUCCACACACGUAGCUACCACUUUGGUGGCCAUCCUCGCGCACAUCCUGUUCCACGACUUCUCAGGACCUGAGCACCUGGGACCUCAAACGCAGCGCGAGCGCCUCAUGCUGCUCUCCGUGUACGUGCCCUACUUGCUGAUACCGCUGCUGAUCCUCUUCACCAUGCUCUACAACCCCCACUACAACCACGUGGAGAAAAGGAAACGGAAGUAG